UUGCUUUUCUGUCGUGUCGUGUCGUGUUGUGCUGGAUAAUAUCGACUAAAUUCCGACGUCCAGAGCAAGGCAGUUAUUUGGAAUUCUGCUUUACGUGCCGCGAGGGUGUGUCUCCGUGAAUUAAGGUGCGAUAUUUAUAGAAUAAAGGAGAAAUUAGAGUUCGACCACGUUUCGGUGCAGAGCGCGCAUAGCAAACAUUGAAAGCAAAAUGUCGCUGUAUCCGUCUCUGGAGGACAUGAAGGUUGAUCACAUGAUCAAGGCUCAACUUCAAGCGGAUCAACACUACGCUCCUCAGCCGGCCCAGGUGCUACCAAUUCCUCCCGCACAGGUAGCUAGUCAUCCUUCAGCUCCGGAGCAUCACGUUCUUUAUCCAGCUCUUGGUGAUUAUAUGGGAUUGGAACUCAGCGAAGAUGUGAUAGCCGCCAAUAUGCCUGAGUACGCAGUUGUCAAUCGACAGCCGACUGCCUUAGUACCACAAGCUCCAUCGACUGGAAGCUUAUCUGGGAUGAUUGCUCCGCUGUCUGGUAAUUCUUUGGGUUUGCAGAGAGCACACGUCACCAAUGGCAUUCGAGAGCUGAUCCUGUGCAAGGAUAAAGAUGGGAAAAUCGGCAUGAGAGUACACUCUGUGAAUAACGGAGUGUUUGUUUGCCUCGUCAGUCCAAACUCUCCAGCGUCUAUGGCAGGUCUGCGUUUUGGCGAUCAAGUAUUGGAAAUAAACGGAGUCACUGUGGCUGGAUAUUCCAUGGAUCAGGCGCACAAGCUGUUGCGCAAAGCUCCUGAAAAUGGUAUCAAAGUCAUAGUUAGAGACAGACCAUUCGAAAGGACAAUCACAUUGCAUAAGGACAGCGUUGGGCAUAUCGGUUUCCAGUUCAAAAAUGGAAAAAUUACUGCAUUGGUGAAGGACUCUUCGGCUGCUAGAAAUGGGCUAUUGACUGACCAUCAACUGCUCGAAGUUAAUGGCAAAAACGUGGUCGGGUUGAAGGACAAAGAAAUUGGAGCUGAAAUUGAAAAUGGUGGCGAUAUCAUAACUAUCACAAUUAUUCCUUCCUACAUUUAUGAACACAUGAUUAAAAAAAUGUCCGGCAGUUUACUGAAAUCGGGAAUGGAUCAUUCCAUUCCCACUCUUUAAAGGACGGCAGUGGUGAUUCGAGGCCAUAUUUUUCCACUCUCAAUUUAAUCUGUUCGAGGUAUAUGAACAAACGAUAAGUAACACUCGUCAUAUUCAAUUGAAUUUAUUAUUAACAAAUACCCGCUGGUUAUUUAGUUAUCUUUUGCCAUUAACUGGAAAGAUGAUUACCUGAAAAUAUGAAUUGCAUUGGUAAGGUGAAUCAACAAACUGUAAUGAAUAUCAUUGUUUUUCGAAUUAACGAAAUUUGUUGCAAACAAAUUAUUAAAAAAAAAAAAACAGACGUUAGACUGUAGAAUUAUCUUAUACAAUGGCUUGAUACACAGGAAAUCACUACAUUUCUGGGUCGUCAUCGCCGAACAACGUUGCCUUAGUUAGUGCACUUUCAUGAAAUGUGCCAAUUGACACCACUUCCUUAAUCUUUUUUCACGUUCUAGAGAACUUAUGUUAGAAGUAUUCAAUUAUAAACGAAAAACGAAAAAGAAAAUCGUAUUCGUAUUAUUCGUUGAUCUUUUGGACGGGAGAUUAAUGAAGAUGUGUACGCGAAUAGACUGAAAAAGUACAUCAUGUAACACAGCGUUACAACAACUUACAAAGUCAAUCAUUAAUUAUAUUGAUUUUCAAAAUAAUUGGAAGCUGAUCUGCGCAAAGAAAUACCUUAAUGUUCACAUUUCGUCUGUUCAGUUUUGGUUUUGUAAAACCUGUUACAGUUUCCAUUUUAUCGGUUUAAAUUUACCGAAAUAUUCCUUUUUGAACCUAAAAAUUGAUAUUUUUCCUCGCAGCCGAAUUUCAUAUCGUGAUAAAAAAAAAAAAUACCAUGUAAUGUAUGUGUGUUAUUGAUAUAUUAUCCCUUCCAGUUUUAAAUGAACAACAUCUCUGAGUAUUCAGACUAUAUGUAUACAUAAACUUAUUGUAACGAUAAAAUAUUUUAUUACUGAACACGUAGAGGAUAGAAUACAGUUAUAUAUGGUAGUGUUAGAAUUUUUUAAUGUCAUUAAAUAGAAGAUACAUUGUUUAUAUAAUUUGUUACUCAACAUUUCUCUAAUGCCACCGAAUCUAUUACCUAAUCGAGGUAAAUGAAAAUAUAGUAUAUAUGUUAUACACACAAGACACGCUUACACACAGUAUAUAUUUAUAACGUAGCGUACAAAUAUGUAUUUUGAACAAUCAAAUUCAAUCCAUAUACAUUUAUUCUAAUAUAUAGUCGUGUCUUAAUAAGAUAAUUAAAAUAUAUAAUGCAAUUAAUGUAUGUGAUUUUUUGUGACACGCGAUUCUAAACGUUAUAUUAUAAAUAAAAAUUGAA